ACAGUAGUACAUUUAUUUAGCAGGACCAUCUGAUACACCCUUCCAUUUUCCAUAUAUAAUAUGUGUGUACUUAUGUAAAUAAAAUAUAUAUAAACCUGUGUGUGCAUAUACAUAUGUGUGCGUACACGCACACACUAUCCUCUCUAUAUAAAGAUCCCUGGUGUCUGAUGCAUAUCCAAUGCAACAGGACACAACAGCAAUUGCAGGAGAGAGAAGAAUCCUUGCACUGGUAAAGAAACGGAAGUCAUGCACCCCCUCCUCUCAAUCUGCGGAUUUUAGAUUAAGUCGUCGUUCCGUCCCCCCUGCAACAGCUCAUAACACCUAAUUGCAUUUUUUUUGUCUGUAGGAGCCGUUUGCUUAUUGGGAUUGCCAUUAAUUUGACAGGCAGAGCUCAGGCAGGGGAUUGGCUAGCAGCAGAUGACGCCCAUAACAACAAAGGUGGAGUUGGAGAAAUUACAUUAAAAAAAUUAAGAGAGAGAGAGAGAGAGAGAGAGAAGGAGAGAGGAAAAAAAGGAGAGGAAAACUCUCCCCUUCCCCGCCCCUCUGGCUGUGAAAUGUACUAGUGUGUCAAUUUCACGGUCUCGUUAAGAAAGCCCAGCGUGCCACGCAGCCCGGAGACGAGUGUGAUCGCACUUCAGUCUGUACGUGCAUUUCCUGGUGCAAGAGACACACAACAAAACUCCCCCUUAUUUUUUUUUUUUGUCUUCUUCCCUGAGCGCUUGUUUACAAGGCAGCCACUUGCAGUGUAAGUUCUGCUUCUCCCCGUGCGCUGGUGCAAGAGCUUGGCCCGGGCCUCGGAACUUUGCAGGGAAAACCCGAAUGCUCUCUUCUUUCCGUGCUAGGUGGGACUUGGGAAAAAAACCCAAACCUUUUUAUCUUUUUAUGCUUUUUUUCCGGCCAUGCAUUUGAAAUUAAAGCGAAGGGGAAUGUUGGUGGCUCAUGUGCCUGCUGCCAACGCCAGAAGAGGACUGUUGGAAGUGUCAGAAGAGGAUUGUUGCUAAUGUAAGAUUUUUUUUUCCUCCUGUGUCUCGCUCUCUCUCUCUGCCUCGCUCUCUCUCUCUCCCUUUUCCCUCCUCCUUUCUUUUGGCUAGUGUUGCAAAAGCAAAGAGCAAUAAAAAAAAAACACACACACACACACGCACAUAGAGAGAGGCAGAGACAGAGAGAGCCCCGUUAAGAGCCAGACGAGAGAGUUUAAAAGAAGAGAGGAGAAGCCUGUCCCUGACAAUCCCGCUUAGGGAGCAGAUGGAAAAGUGGAGACUUGUGAAGGGCUGUGAGGUUGGCUAAGGAUCCAGGAGCGAAAAGAGCCCGGCUGAUUGGAAGAAAAAAGCAGAGAGAUGGAGGCGGGGGAAGUGCAAUCUCUCUGCGGGGACUGGAGCGAGUCCACGCCCGGGGCCAGCGCUGCAGAGCUGGCCAGCAUUCAACCAGCGCUCCCCAGCUAAAGCACCCAAAAAGGCAGCCCCCGAGCCCCUGCUCCAGCCCGGGUGGUUUGCAGAGUGAAGCUUACUUGAUUUAAGGUAGACUCGGAAGGAGCCAGGAGGCCCAGAAGGGACCGCCCUUGGGUCAGACAGGUGGAGAAUGAACGGAGAAGCGGAGUGCCCUACGGACUUGGAAAUGACAGCUCCCAAAAAUCAAGACCGUUGGUCCCAGGAGGACAUGCUGACUCUGCUAGAGUGCAUGAAAAACAACCUGCCCUCCAACGAUGGCAGCAAAUUCAAAACCACUGAGUCCCAUCUGGACUGGGACAAAGUGGCCUUCAAGGAUUUCUCUGGCGACAUGUGCAAGAUGAAAUGGAUGGAGAUCUCCAAUGAGGUGAGAAAAUUCCGAACCCUGACAGAGCUGAUCUUGGAUGCUGAAGAACACGUAAAGAAUCCCUACAAGGGCAAAAAGCUCAAGAAACACCCAGAUUUCCCCAAGAAGCCCCUGACUCCUUACUUCCGCUUCUUCAUGGAGAAGCGAGCCAAAUACGCAAAGCUACACCCAGAAAUGAGCAACCUGGAUCUGACCAAGAUACUCUCCAAGAAGUACAAGGAGCUCCCUGAAAAGAAAAAGAUGAAAUACAUCCAGGACUUCCAGCGGGAGAAACAAGAGUUUGAGCGGAACCUGGCAAGAUUCAGGGAAGACCACCCCGAUCUCAUUCAGAACGCCAAGAAGUCUGACAUCCCUGAGAAGCCCAAGACUCCCCAGCAACUCUGGUACAACCAUGAGAAGAAAAUCUACUUGAAAGUGCGCCCAGAUGCCACCACGAAGGAGGUGAAAGAGUCGCUGGGCAAGCAGUGGUCUCAACUCUCGGACAAAAAGAGGCUGAAAUGGAUUCAUAAGGCCCUGGAACAGCGGAAGGAGUACGAGGAGAUCAUGCGGGAUUACAUUCAGAAGCAUCCUGAACUGAAUAUCAGUGAGGAGGGCAUCACACGCUCCACCCUCACCAAGGCAGAACGCCAGCUGAAGGACAAGUUUGAUGGGCGACCCACCAAGCCACCUCCGAACAGCUAUUCCCUGUACUGUGCGGAGCUGAUGGCCAACAUGAAGGAUGUCCCCAGUACAGAGCGGAUGGUGCUGUGCAGCCAGCAGUGGAAGCUGCUCUCCCAGAAGGAGAAGGAUGCAUACCACAAAAAAUGUGACCAGAAAAAGAAAGAUUAUGAAAUAGAGCUCCUUCGUUUUCUGGAGAGCCUCCCAGAGGAGGAACAGCGGAGGGUGCUGGGCGAAGAGAAGAUGCUGGGAGGGAACAAGAAAGGAGCCACCAGCCCUGCCUCCAAGAAGUCCUCGCCAGAUGCUGGCAAGGCAGGUUCUGAGAAACCCAAACGACCCAUUUCUGCCAUGUUUAUCUUCUCGGAGGAGAAGCGAAAGCAGCUGCAGGAAGAGCGACCCGAGCUGUCUGAGAGCGAGCUGACCCGGCUGCUGGCACGGAUGUGGAACGAUCUUUCUGAGAAGAAGAAGGCCAAGUACAAGGCCCGGGAGGCAGCCAUGAAGGCGCAGUCCGAGAAGAAGCAUGGUUCGGACAAAGAAGAGCGUGGCAAGUUGCCUGAAUCACCCAAGACAGCCGAGGAGAUCUGGCAGCAGAGCGUCAUUGGGGACUACCUGGCUCGCUUUAAGAAUGACCGGGGGAAGGCACUGAAAGCCAUGGAGGCCACUUGGAACAACAUGGAGAAGAAAGAAAAGCUCAUGUGGAUAAAGAAGGCGGCAGAGGACCAGAAGCGAUAUGAGAGAGAACUGAGUGAGAUGAGGGCCCCUCCGUGCACUGCAAACUCUUCCAAGAAGGUGAAAUUCCAAGGAGAGCCAAAGAAACCCCCUAUGAAUGGCUACCAGAAGUUCUCCCAGGAACUGCUGUCCAACGGGGAGCUCAACCACCUGCCGCUGAAAGAGCGGAUGGUGGAGAUAGGCAGCCGCUGGCAACGCAUCUCCCAGAGCCAGAAGGACCAUUAUAAGAAGUUGGCCGAGGAGCAGCAGAAGCAGUACAAGGUGCACCUGGACAUCUGGCUCAAGAGCCUGUCGCCUCAAGAGCGUGCAGCCUACAAAGAGCACACCUCAAAUAAGCGCAAGAGCAUGGGGAAGGUGAGAGGGCCGAACCCGAAGAUGAAGCCCACGAUGCAGUCCAAGUCGGAAUCUGAGGAGGAUGAGGACGAUGAUGAUGACGAGGAAGAAGAUGACGAUGAUGAUGAGAAUGGGGACUCGUCUGAGGAAGGCGGGGACUCAUCAGAGUCCAGCAGUGAGGAGGAGAGUGAGGAUGGGGAUGAGAAUGAAGAUGACGAUGAGGAGGAUGAUGAUGACGAUGACGAUGACAAUGACUCUGAGGGCAGCAGCUCCUCCUCCUCCUCUUCAGGCGACUCCUCCGACUCGGACUCCAACUGAAACGCCCACCUGCCACCUUCUUGCCAUACUCUUAGUAAUAUUCUUCCCCCUCUUUGGAACAGUAACGUCCUGACUGGAGCCCUGGGUUGCUGGUUGCAAAGCGGGGCAGAGGGGAAUCACUGUGGCUAAUUUCCCUCCCCCUCCACCUCCCCACCCCGCAGUGAAUUUCAAGCUAAGAGGAGGCAGCUGGCAAAAACAAUGGAGGCUUUUUGAGCAGUGUUGCGGGUGGGGUGGGGGUGUUAUUCUGUGUUGUGUUUUUCUCCAUAGAGUUUGUGCUCAAUCCUGUUUUGGGGGGAGGGAAGAGAGGGGGAUGAUUUUUGUUUUUUUCAUACUGCCUUCCCUUGUCCUGCCUCCUGCUGCCUCUCUCCCCUUCCAACUUCCAGCUACCAGCUCCGGACUUUAUACAAAACAAAAUCCUUUUUAAAAACAAACAACGACAGAUACGUCCUGGCAAGAGGCGCGGAGCGUUGUUCUGGACUGCAAGCCACCGCAGCUCAGGACUUGGCUGCGGGGACGAUCUCCCUCUGCCUCUCUGAUGCGAGGAGGGGACAAUCUUGUACAGUCUUGAAGCUGCACCCGGAGCUCCUGGAGAGCAAAGUCCCACUGCACUUACGAGCUCCCGUAAUGAACUUCACACAGCAUUUCCCUCUGGGGACAGGGGGAGAAAUUUUGUGUGCGUGCGUGUGGGUGAGUGUGUAUGUGUGUGUAUGCGUGCAUGUGUGUUGGAGGGGUGGGGGGUGCAAAGGGAGUUCAAAGAAGAUGUUGCCCAGUAUAUUUUUGGGAGAGGGGGUGUAGGGAGGGGCUGACACUUGUGGGGAGGGGGUCACCAAGGCUGCAAAAUGGCAGCUAGAGCCUUUGAUUAGGGGCUGAUAGUGGCAUCAGCUGCCCAAAUGGCAGUCAGCCCAUCUUGCCAGAGCAGCCUUUGAACAGAGCUGGUGGCAGGUGGGUCCCAUAUCUUACUUUUUGUUUUCUUUUUAUAAUGAAGUGACCAAUUAUUGUA